CCCUUUUGUUUCGGAUCACACCAGCUACCCUUCCUUUUUAGCCAUAAAGCCAUUAAAUCCCAUUAGGGUGGCCACCAUGCACCUCCUCUUUUCUUCCUCUUUCUUCUUCUCCUUCCCUGUUUUCUUAUAUAUUCUUUAGCAGAUGUUUUCUUAUAUUGCAACCCAAAAAAGAUUCAUAUGAUAGUGUAGUUCAUAGGGAAGGGAAGAUAGAAAGAGGGAGGGAGAUCAGGAGAGAUGUUGCAGAGAGCUGCGAGCAACGCGUAUUCAUGGUGGUGGGCGAGCCACAUCCGGACGACGCAGUCCAAAUGGCUCGACAGCGAUCUCCAAGAUAUGGAGGAUAGAGUGAAAUCCAUGCUCAAACUCAUUGAAGGGGAUGCUGAUUCCUUUGGUAAGAGGGCAGAGUUGUACUUCAAAAGUAGACCAGAACUUGUAAGCUUUGUGGAAGAGGCCUACAAGGCAUAUAGAGCAUUGGCCGAAAGAUAUGAUCACAUUUCAGGAGAAUUGCACAAGGCCAACCAUACCAUAGCAACUGCUUUUCCAGACCAAGUCCAGUAUGCAAUGCUCGAGGAGGAGGAGGAUAAUUUUCCAAAAGCAAUUACCCCUAUUGGUGCCCGUAAAAUUCACAAGCCAACAGUGGAGAACUUGAUGAGCAAAAGAAAAGAGGAACAAUCAUCCAUAAAUAAAACACAGCACAGGAGUAUUACCUCUCAGAUUGACAAAGAUAAGGCACAAGAAGAGAUAAAUAGGCUUCAGAAGGCAAUCUUGGUUCUGCAGACUGAGAAAGAAUUUAUCAAAAGCUCCUAUGAGAGUGGAAUGGCCAAGUAUUGGGAAAUUGAGAAGCAGAUCACAGAGAUGCAAGAUGAAGUUUGUUGCUUGCAAGAUGAGUUCAAUACCAGUGCGGUCAUCGAAGAUAAUGAGGCCCGGGCCUUGAUGACAGCAACAGCUCUUAAAUCAUGUGAGGAUGCCAUAGUUAACUUGCAUGAACAGCGAAAGAAAUCUGUGGAGCAGGCAAGACUAGAGUCAGGAAGAAUUAGAGUUGCUGAAGAGAAGCUGAAGGUCCUGAAGGGAGAGGAUGGUCGAUGUAAUUUGGUGACUGGAGAGACUGGUGACGGAAAUAAAGAGAUUAAAUUCAGCAUUGUGAACAUGGAGGAUGAAGUUUAUUCUCUGAAACAGGAGAGACUUGAGUUACAGAAGAUAUGUGAGAAAGUCCAGGAACAUUUUGAAGUGAAUUCUGAUACAUCUGUGGAGGAAAUUGUGGAAAAAAUAGACGAGAUUGUAAAAAGCAUUGUAAGCUUGGAACUCAAAGUUUCAUCACAGACAGCACAAAUAAAUAGGUUAAGUUCAGAAAACAACGAGCUUGAGAAAUAUCUGCAGAGUUUGGAAGAGGAGAAGAUGGUUUUAAUUAAUGACUCAAAUGAAUUGAAUGACAUAUUAAAGCAAGCAGAAGAGGAGUUGCUUAAAGUUCAGAUCCUGGAGAAAACUGUCCAAGAUGAAGAAACUAUUCUUUGCGCAAAUUUUGCUGAUGCCUGUCAUAGCCUCAAUGUUAUAUCAGAGAAAUUGCUCUCUCUUGAACAUCAGGAGCAGGUCAGUGUUACAAAUCCAUUCAUAGAGGAACAGAUUUCCCUUUAUAAUGUUGUCCCACAGAGUAAGUGCAGAGACCAAGAAGUUGCACAAAGUCAAGACAGCAAAGAAAAUUCAGUUAAAGAGGGGAUUCAUGGGAUUCAGGAACUUGGUCACAGCAUAAAAGACCAUGACCAAUCAAAGGCAGGCUCUGAGCUUGAAAACGAUUUAAAAAGGAUCCAUGACUCAGAAAAGGAAGAUAAGAAAGACUCAUCACAAGCGGAUGCUAGCAUUCAAGUGGAAAUACAAACACUACCUGGAGAGCAGGAAGGUACUCUAGACUUGCAACAAAUACUUUUAAAUGGACUAGAAGAUAGAGAAAAAGUUUUAUUAGCUGAGUACACCUCGGUCCUGCGAAACUAUAAAGAAGCAAAGAAAAGGCUCUCAGAAGUAGAGAAGAAAAACCAAGAAUAUGUUUCUGAGACAAUGGCAAUCAUAAGGGAAUUGACAAAUGCCAAUGCCAUGAAGGAUGAGGAGAUUCAAUCACUUCGACAGCACCUGGGCUUUUCAAAAAUGAGUUCUAAUGGGCAUGCAGAUGCUUAUUCUGCUGAAGCUGAAGACUUAUAUCGUGGUCACCGAAGGCUCAAAAGUGUGUUACACCUCCCAACAUUAAGGAGAGAGAAUUCAAACCUGCCAAAUUCUGAAAAUCCAAAAGUAAACGUGCAAUCCAUUGCUAAAGUUGAUACAUUAACCAUGGCUGCGGACAGAGGAAGUCCUCAUGUAGAAGACAUCAAACUACAGCACAUUGAUGAACCACAAAGCACUUCAUCCAUUGAAGAAAAAUUCAGAAGGGACAUUGACGUGCUUUUAGAGGAGAACUUACAUUUCUGGUUGAAAUUUAGCACCACAUUCCAUCGCAUACAAGAAUUCCAGACCACAUUGGAGGACCUACAAUCUGAAAUGGAGAAGCUGAGAGACAGCAAGUUGCAAGAGGGAAUUAAUAGUGCUGUGACUGACCAGGUUGUGAGAGCUGAGUCUGCACCAAUUGACAGGAAGCUAAGAGCAUUGAAGACUGAACUCCAGGUAUGGUUGGAACAGAAUGCACUGCUUAGGGGGGAGCUGCAGUGUAGGCUAUCGUCUCUUUGCGGCAUACAAGAGGAGAUAUCGGAAGUUCUGAGGGAAAGUUCAGAAUGUGAAGGAGCCCAGUUUACUCCUUAUCAGGCGGCAAAGUUUCAAGGGGAGGUGCUGAACAUGCAACAGGAGAAUAACAAGGUUGCGAAUGAACUGCAGGUGGGACUUGAUCAUGUCAGGGGGCUUCAAGAUGAAAUAGAGAAGGCUUUGUUGAAGCUGUAUGAGGAUUUUCACCUCUCUGGAUCUAAAAGUAGCCAACAUCCCCACUUCAGAAAUCUUUCAGCUAAGAAUAGAAUACCGUUGCGGUCCUUUCUUUUUGGUACCAAGCCCAAAAGGACAUCCAUAUUUGCAUGCAUGAAUCCAGCAUUUCAUAAACAUCACCGUGAUCUUAGACCUGGCUUUCCUAGGUAGACUGAACAGAGGUCGUUCCUUCUUUCUUUGAUAGUUUGAUGACUAUAUAGAAGUUUUUGUUCGUUUGUUUAUUGUGAGAUAAUUUAUAAGACUGACUUUGAACAGAUUUCUUCUUUAGUGCGGAGGUGGUAGCUUCAUCCUGCCAACUGUUGGUAGAGGGCUUUUGAGUUCUUGCAUUAUGGUGCAAAAACAGGGGAUUGCAUGGAUGUGCUCAGCGUGUUGCUACUGUAUCUGAUCCCAUCACUAGACAUGUCUCUAUUAUCAGCUGUUACUCAUAGUGCAAGGCUUGCAUCUGGUUUCAUGGAAGUGUGUCAGGUUCACAUUUUGGCCUCCAUUAACUUAUCAAACUUGGUGUAUUUUAAAUGUUAGCUCAUUUGCUUGUUUGGUUUGAAGCUUGUAUUUUUGUGAUAUGAAAAGGUUGUCUGGAAUUUAUUUCUCUGUGUAUAUUCAUAUUCAUGAGUUUGGUUA